AUGGAUUAAUAAAGGUUUAAAUUGGUUUCUAUCAAAAUAGUAGAUCCCCAAAGCCUCUCUGCGAUAGAACCCUAAUUUACCCAAUUCCAUCUUUCAAUUUUGUCGAUUCCUUCUUGUUUUAGCCUUUAAUCCUCCGGUGGCUGACAAUAACAUUGAUCCGAAUCAGUCGGGACUCUGUAAUCGGUUUACUUCACUUCCUUCCCAUUUCAUUUCUUCUUUCUCCGGAUUCACUACCGGCGGUUCUCCCUAAGCCCUCCAAACCCCAGCGAACCACCACAUCUCUCGACGGUUCCAGUGACCUCCACUCCGGCACGGCGACCUCCUUGGGCGACUCGGGCGACUUCGACGUGCAAUCCGGCCAAUUUCCGAUUGAAUUGGUUUUGUGCAAAAGACGAAGCACAAUGAAAGCACACUCGGCAUGGGGUUCAGGGAAGAAUCCUGUCAAGUUCAGAAUUCCUACUGCAGAUAAUCUUCUUCCUAUUCGGUUGGACAUUGUAAGUGAGGGCCAGAGAUAUAGAGAUGCUUUCGUGUGGAACCCUUCUGAUCCUGAUACAGAAGUGGCUGUUUUUGCUAAAAGGACCAUAAAAGACUUAAAACUUCCUCAGAGUUUUCACAAUCAAAUUACUCAAUCCUUGCAGUCACAGUUGGCAGAGUUUCGUUCUUAUGAAGGUCAAGAUAUGUACACUGGUGAGCGAGUAGUCCCCAUCAAGCUGGAUCUCCGAGUGAACAACACACUUAUAAAGGACCAGUUUUUGUGGGACCUGAACAACUUUGAGAGUGACCCAGAAGAGUUUGCAAGAACUUUUUGCAAAGAUAUGGGAAUCGAGGAUCCAGAAGUUGGACCUGCAGUUGCAUUUGCGAUUAGGGAACAACUAUAUGAGAUUGCAGUCCAAAGUGUUGCUUCAGCAAAAGAGAGUAGAAUGAUUAAAAAGGGACGCAAAGGUUUUGAAUAUUUACCAGCUAGUAAGACUGGUGCUGUUGCUGUGGACCUGGUGAAGUCAUUUGGUAACAAGUCCAGUGUCAUUAGGAAAAGGAAAGAUUGGGAUGUGUUUGAACCCAUUGUUGAUCUUUUGUCAAAUGAGGAAGUGGAUGCUCUUGAGGCAAUGGAAGAAAAGAAUGGUCGAUGAGUCCUCUUUUUUUUUUGGGAUAAAAGAUGAGUCGUCGCUUGAUAGCAUUUUAACGUAUUUAUUAUUGGCAGAAAAGAAAAUAUAUUUGUGGCAUUUUGUUGUUACAUUUGUGCAUUUCUUAUAAAGUAGACCAUGGUCUUUAUUGUAAUAUUGCAAUGUAGACCAUAGUCUCUAACGCGCUACAGGGAAAUAGGGAUGGAGGAAAAUCAGGAACUUAGUUAUAAGGGGGAAAAAUAGGAAUUUUAUAUUUUAAUUUUCAUCUAUAAUUUAGAUCAGUUUUUCAUAGGAUUAAGCUCAUCCAUAACUCACAACCUUUUUCUUCUUAAACUCAAAUUCUAUUAGGGUGUCCAAGUUAUUUUAGCGCUGUUGUUUAAAUGUACCGGAAUUAAUUAAUGAUGGGAAGAAAAGGUUGGAUUCUUUCUUCUUCUUCUUCUUAUUCUUUUUCUUCUACCCAUUUGAGAUGUAAUUAACUUGUUUCGUUUUAUGUUCUUUAAUUCUAAACUUGUUUUUUAUCGUUUUCAUUAAUAACUCAUUGUUCAUAUCCC